CAGUAUAUCGUACACUCGCCGACAUACCAAGUUCCUGUGUUCUACUUCUCUAUACAGGAUACUAAAGGAUCGCCUCUGACUUUGGACGACAUUAUUGAGACAUCUAUAUUACCGACAUCUGCAUUGGAGGGAACAGAAAGAAAUGGCUUUGCGAUCACUUACCCAGGUUCUUCAUUCCCUCUACUAUCCCAAGGAGAACAUCCGACGACCGGUUUGCCCUGCUGGUACGUGCACCCCUGCGAAUCGGAGGCCGCCACGGAUGAGCUCUGGCGGGCAAGUGGUGUCGGAAGCGAAUCGGAGAGUGAGGAGCGGGUGCGGUGGAUGGAGGCAUGGUUCGUGGUAUUGGGGCAUGUCGUCAGUUUG